CAACAGCUUAACAAACGAAUAGCAGUUCCAUAACAGUCACCGCCAAAAACAGAAGCAAUCUUUCUUUUUCAUUGAGAGAUAGAUCGAGAGAGAGAGAGUUCUUGUUCUUUCUUGUCUGAAAAAAUAUAUAACAAUAGACCGAAAAGAGUAGUCACGAAGACUGGUUUCUCAAGAAUAAUUGUUCAUUCAGACAAGAUCUACAAGUAGUUUGAAAUGGGAAGAGAAGUUGAGUCGGUGAACAAAGAUGCAGCCAACGGAAAGGUUCACGUGGCUUCCAAGAUAGCUGCAGAUGAGGAUUAUGAGGUUAAAGAAUGCACUGAGGAGGAUUCUCUCUCCCAGAAUCAUCGAUCUCCUCCUAAUGUAAGCACUGAGAAUGAUGUGAAGAAACCGUUGGACCCUGCGAACAAGAACCAUUUGGAUGAAGAAGAUGAUUCUUCUCUUACUUCUUCAGCUGCAACGUCGCUGAGGAAUGCUAAGUCUAGAGCAGUAACUCAUGGAACCGCUCCACGGUUUAGGAGUGCUCAGCGCGCUGAGAAACGCAAGGAGUACUACCAAAAGCUUGAAGAAAAACACCAAGCACUGGAAGCUGAGAGGAACGAGCUCGAACAAAGGCAAAAGGAAGAACAAGAAGCAGCCAUUAAACAGCUAAGAAAAAACCUCAAGUUUAAGGCUAAUCCCGUCCCUAACUUCUAUUACCAAGGACGUCCCGUGAAACCAGAGCUUAAGAAGUUUCCUUUGACGCGUCCAAAGUCGCCGAAACUCAAUCUCUCUAGGAGAAAGAGUUGCGGAGAUGCCAUUAACUCUUCUGGAGAAGAUAAUCCGAAGUCAGUCUCUACACAGAACCGACACAGCGUCGGCAAAACAGAGUUGAAGCCUGUGAUUGUGAGUGGAGAAGCUUCCAUGGAGUAAGUGGUUAUCAUAACCUAAUUUGAUCAUACCGGAAAAAACCGAACCAAACCAAACUCUGAUUGUUCAGUUUCACAAUCGUGUGAUUGUUUUUUUUUUUUUUUUCUGUUUCACGCCUGUCUCUCUCUACUUGAUUUCUGUUUUAAUGUUACGUAACGCUUAAACCUGACAUUGUAUAUUUUUAAGUGUUUGAGUAAUCUUAGGGCUAAAGAUUGAAUCCAUUAUGCUAAAA